CAUGGCGCCGUAGGGACGUUGUUAUUGUUUCGUCGCCCACAAGAUUUUGCAGUCAAGACAAAAAACUUCAACUUCAGAACGUCAACGGGAAUGAGAGGAACGUUUCUAAAGGAUGUUACGGUCCACUGGCUUCUUCCGAGGGAUUGACUGCCCGUUUUACACCGACUGCAGUGAGGGGAAAGGCGGCAAGAAUGGGUGUAACAGACCGUACUGUCACUUCAGGCACAGCCAACACCGUCUCCUGUCCUACGGAGCCACAGAAAGCAAAAAGAAAGACCUCCCCGCUGCUCAAAAAGAUCAGGGCUACGACCCCUUUAACCCGGAGGUGGUGCAUCCGUCAGAGCCUCAGAAUGAACAGGCAGCUUCAGGCGACAUCAGCGGAGCUCUGGCUUUGGUCAACCGGGCGAUCGAGGAGGUGCGCUGCCAGAUGGAGAAAGAGAAGAGGAAGCUGUCUCGAAUCGGAGAUGAACCCUACGACCCCAGCGACAACGCCUCACUGGAAAGCACCAAACCAAAGGCCACACACAUGACCUAUGACCCCGGGAGUUACCAAAUGACAUCAGGGGAGUAUAAUCCCAGUCCAGGCUGCAGCAAGUACACACUGGAUACAAACACACAAGAAAACAGUGCAAAUUCUAUGGAGUAUGUACCAACUUUAAUGAAAAAAUCUACAGCUCGGACUCAGAAUCUCCAGUCAUCUCCUCCCAGUCCAAAGUAUUCCAACAGCACAUCAUCCACAAAAUCGAAAUACACUCUGGACAAUACCAAACCAUCUACAGACAUGGAGUAUGACCCUUUAUCGAACUUUUCAGCAAGUAUUGCGGGGAAAAGUAAGAAAGAAGAGACUGGUAAAAAUGAUGGGAACAAAUCAUCUAGAGUACCAACUGAGGAGUAUGUGGUCUGUGUUAAAAAGCCGCCACCACCAGCUUCUGUAGAUGUUAAAAAGUACACGAUUUCAGACUCGGAUGGGGAAAGUUCUGGGACAGAGUAUAAACCAACUUCACUAAGUAAUCUACAGCUGAAAAAGGACAGCAAUAAUACAGACGUAGAUGUGGUUUGGAGCGAGAAAAAAAUAAGGACUGAUUGUGUUCAAAAUGCACUGACGCAAAGGAAUAAACAAGAGGUGAUUGACUCAACGAAAUUGGAUCAUGUCAAACACAAGAGUAGCCCAGAUAAAAAGAAAUCAGACAGUAGCAAAGUGGAGAAAAAAACAGAUAAAGACUUGAAAAAAUCCAGCACAACAUCUAGUAGUAAAAGUAGCAGUAGCACUGAUAAAACUAAGGUGUUAAAAACUUCAAAUCAUGACACUUCUAAGAAAGAAAACAAAAGUUCCUCGAAGAAAGAGGGGGAGAGGAAUCGAGAUAAGAUAAGAACGAGUAAGGAUGGAGGGAAGGAGGAGAGACGGAGUGAUUUGAAGGUGAAAUCAACAGACAAAAUAAAAACAGACUCGAGCAAUAAGCGUCACAGAGAUACUGAAAGUGGUGGGAGUGACAGCAAAAAAGCCAAAAUAUGUGAUAAAGACAAGAGCAGACAUCACAAAAAUGGUCAGCUUGAAAGUGGUAAGAGUUUCAAAGAUUCAGACAGCAAAACUAGCUCUGGCAGUCGAAGCAGUAGUAGUAGUAACAGUAAAGGGACAAGUAGUAAAGAUAAAAUGGUUAAAAACAGCAGUAGCCCUAGAAGUUUGAAAAAAUCUCAACAAAAAGAGAGAAGUUUAAGCUUGAGUCACGCCGAUCUGUUUGGCGACGAGAGCCCAGAAGAGGCGGAGCCAAUUGAGGUUGAUAAUGACGAUGACGACGAAGAAGAGGAGAUGCUGGUGCGAAAAUGCGCAGAGGCGGUAAAGAGACGAUUAAACAAAAGGAAAGCGUCUGAGUUGACCCCUUCCGGUUCAGAAGACGAGGCGGACAGUGCGGUCAGCAGGAAGGCAGCUAAACAGGACGUGGAGAGUCUGGGCAUAGAUCUGUCCAGUCUACAGGACGAUCUGGACUUCGAAUCUGACCCCCUCGAAGAGUGUUUGAGAAUAUUCAAUGAGUCCAAUGAUGUGAAGAAGGAGGACAAAGGAAGGCAGGCUAAACAGCAGGCUUCAAGAGAUUCAGACGAGGAGAAGGAAACUGAUGGCACUUUAACCACUCUCUUUCCCGGGCAGAAGAAGAGAGUCUCCCAUUUUGUUGCCAAAGGAAAUGUGGAGGCGCCCCCCAAGGCCGUGGUGCGUCCCUACAAGCGGCCCACAGCUCAGGAGGUGUGUUACAGGAGGAUGCAGUUGGCUCAGCAGCAGGCGGCUCAGCUCUCUGCAGCAGUGAAGGCCUCCGCUCAGAGCCACAGCGCGGGGGGCUCAGGAGAGAAGAAGAGGAUCGCUCACCGCCCCAACCCACACAUCACACCCAGUAAAACAGGUGCAGCAAAAGUUAAGCCAGACCCGAGCAGAGUGUUGUCUCAAACACAGCCGUCUGUCCGGACUCAGACCACAGCGGGGAUCCUGCCCAAGACCUCCUCCACGGUGCAGCAGAAGAGGGUGGCACACACACCAACUCUCAAGAGCACUUCUAUGAAGCGCCCGGUCAUUCCCACUGAGUUUGGAGCCAAAGUUCCCACCAACAUCCGACAGCGAUAUCUUAACACCUUCAUCGACGAGUGUGUCAAGUUCUGUGCGUCAGAGCAUUCUGCUUUUCAGAUGGCUCUUGAUGAGGAGAAGGUGGUGUACGAGCGCAGCAGCAGUAAAAACAUUUAUCUGAACGUCGCCGUGAACACUCUGAAAAAACUCAGAAGCAAAAGUACCCCAUCACCAUCUCCUGUCAGCAAACCAGCUGCCUUGGUGUCCAACAGAAGGGCCCAGUCCCAUGAGGAGGUUCUGGGGGGUCGUCUGGCAGCGACCACCAGCUUCACUGUGAACAGGACGGGCAAACAAAGCCAGGAGAAACCAUCGGGAGCGACUCUGUACCAUAAGCUGAAGACAUAUUUGAUGACAGAGGAGCAGCUGCAGGAGCAUGGAUAUCCAAGAAAAGACCCAGAGGCCUCAGGCAAAGCUCUUCUGUACAACCUCCCAGAGAAGAAGGCUGCCCCUAUAGACCCGUUUACAAAGGUCUGCUGUCGGUGUGGAGCGGAGUAUAAAGUCAGUGCAAAUGGAAGCUGUGUCCGGAAAGAGGAGUGCACUUUUCACUGGGGACGGUUACGAAGACACAAAGUGUCUGGAGGCUGGGAGACGAGUUACAGCUGCUGCUCCGGGGCUGUUGGGUCACUGGGCUGCCAGGUUUCCAAGCAACAUGUUCAGGACGGGCGGAAAGAGUCCUUAGAUGGAUUCGUCAGCACCUUCAGUAAACCUCUGCCUGCAGACGGCAAUGCAGGAGUGUACGCCUUGGACUGUGAAAUGUGUUACACGAAGCAGGGCCUUGAGCUCACUCGUGUGACGGUGAUCGACUCCGAGCUGAAAGUCAUCUACGAUACAUUUGUCAAACCGGCCAGCAAAGUCGUGGACUACAACACAAGGUUUUCUGGUGUGACGGAGGAGGACCUGGAGAGUGUGAGCAUCACUCUGCGAGACGUCCAGGCCGUGCUCCUCAGUCUGUUCAGUGCAGAGUCCAUCCUCCUCGGACACAGUCUGGAGAGUGACCUUCUCGCUCUCAAGCUCAUCCACAGUUUGGUGGUGGACACAGCCUUAGUUUUCCCUCAUCGCCUCGGCCUGCCGUACAAAAGAGCCCUGAGGAACCUGAUGGCCGACCACCUCAAACGCAUCAUACAGGACAGUGUUGGGGGCCACGACUCGAGCGAAGAUGCGUCUGCGUGUAUGGAGCUGAUGAUGUGGAAAAUCAAAGAGGACGCCAAAGUGAAAAGAUGACAAUAAUCCAACAUGGGCGCCGUUUGUUUCUAUAGUGACGGCUCAGACCAGAGCCUCGUGGAGCUGUGGUCUUUAACUGAGAGGACAGCCUUGUCAAAGCAAUAGGAAACCAUUAGCAGUGUUUCAUUUGGGUAUUUCUGUUCUGAAUUAUGUUAAUUUAAUGUGUUUUAGACCUGGGGAGUCCUCUCGAACUUCUAUAGAGACGGCUUUGGUAGAUUUUAAAGGUGGAUUAAGUUAUUUCUGGUACAAUAGCGUUUUUUUUUGUUUUUUGUUUUAAUUAACCACAGCUUUUGGAAAUGGACAAGCCUGAGAACUGCCAGUGUUAAAUUAUGUAUAGAUUUGUGAAAAAGUUAUCAAAUUUAAAUGUUUUGGAGGAAUGUAUGAAAAUCAAUGGAAUUAUUAUUUUUGUUUUAAAUGUGUUUAAUUUAUGUCCAAUUUUGAUCAAAUGAACUGGUAGCUCCAUUAUAAAAUAGAAUGGUACAUUACAACCUGAUGUAACUUUUCUGGUGACGGUGCUUCAUUGCUUGGAAUGUUCCACAGUAUGGUAUUAAACUUUUCUAAGAGCGUGACGCCACCGUGCCAAGGUACAGGACAGAUCUGUGGAGAGGCGAGUCUGCAAGAUUGUAAAUUUUUUUGUUAGGAUUACCUGUAAUUGAAGUUGAAGUAAAAGAUUGAAGUUCAUAGCCAUAACCAAAGCAAUAACAUCUCCAUGGAGACAAGCAGGUGGCAGGAAAAUGACACAGUAAACAAUUUAUUGACAGUUUUCACCUUCAUUUUUACAGAUAUUUUGGAUUUUAUUUUCAUGUAUUAUUGGAGCUGUUAGUGCUUUGCCUGGAAUGCUCAACAGUACGGCAUUAAACUUAUCUGUCUCCAUGGAGAUAAGCAGGUGGCACCAAUAUACCAACUUACUUAUCAGAUCUAUGGAGAGGUGACCCCGCCAACAGUAAGUUUGUCAGUGUAUUUGCGUUGUAUAAUGUAUAAUUUCUUGUCAAUGAAUAUUCCAGGCAAAGCAAUAACAUCCACAAUGCACCCUCCAUCAGAAAAGUGACAUAAUGUACCUUUAACUAUAGAAAUGACUUACUCCAGACCCCCAUAGGAAAAGCUACACAGUGAGCCUUUAAUUCAGUUUAGUACUUCUUAUUUUCCUCUUUUUUUGAUAGACAUUUUGUAUUUUUCUUGUAUUUAUUUUUUAAUGUGCCCAUGACUAUUGAAAUGCCUUACUCCACCUUUAUAACGGGCAUUGUGGGUUGAACAGUUGUACUUGAUUUGAGCAGUUUGCACUAAAGAGAUGCUCUUGUUGUUUAGGGCCCAACUCUGAGUUACCUCAUGUGUGUUCUUACACUGUUACUUAUCUGUGUCUCCACCUGUGCUUCAGCGAAUUCUGUCAUUAUGUAAAAGGCACUUGUGGUUGUACUGACGUCUCUUACAUUAUCAAAUAUAUUGUUUUUUGCCUUUCAAAUCCUGAAUCUUGAAUACUUGAUUGACGUUCUAGCUGAAAUAGCCUACUUAGUUUGUCUGAAUUUUAUACCUUUUAUGGAGCUCAACAGUGACGGCCCGUUCUGCUUUCAAAAAAAAAGCAAAGACACCACAGGGGCUAAUCAGCUACACUAAUAACAUGGCCAAAAAACAGCACAUUUAAAACACAAGACUUUAUUAACUUAACGGUUUAUAUAGUUUUUAAAUAAAAUGAUAGGUCUUGUGGCCUUGUAGUUGCCACAUAACUAAAGACCUUUCAAAUGUUAUUUUUUAUUUGUUUUUUCUGAAUGUCUAUGAGUAAAAUUGAUGGAAUAUUUAGUUUUGGAACCAGGGGGUUGGCGGUCCCUGUUUAGCUCCAAAGUUGAAUUAUAUCUUUGUAUUUCUAGUCAACAAAUCCACCAUGUGUUAUGCAUGAAACUCACUCACCGCACUAAAAAAAAAACUUUAUAACUCAAUAAUAAUGAUGCUUUUUGAUAUAAAUUAGUCUACUGGGGAUAACCUGACCUGUGCUGUUUCAUGUUCAACAUUCAUCAGUCAAUAGUUAAAUUAAAGUUGUUGUUUUUUACAGCUGUGAUGGAAAAAAUACUUUGAUUUAGAGUAAUAACUACUUUAUCUCAUUUGCAUAUUGUAAAAACAUGCCCUGGAGAUUCUGUUCACUGGUAUUCUGCUCGCUCAGUUGGGCCAAAAAAUAAAUUAAAUAACAUUUCUAUAUUUUUUUUUAUUAUUUGUUUUACUUUAUUACCUAUUGUGUCUAAAUUUACACGUGUUUUAAUACAAUUGUCCAUAAAAUAAUUAUUAGUUGGAGUGAGAGAUUCUACUUAAAAAUUGCGGCUCUGUUGUACACUCAAAAAACGAAAACAAAAAUGUAAUGUUGACCCUAUUUAAAUCUGUUAUGCAAAAUUUUAUGUUGAUCCAUUGCAAAUAAUUUCAUACUAUUUAAUUAACUUCAAACCAGAACUAGGCCAAUUUAAAUGAGUUAUAUGAGUUCUCUUAACAUACAAUUCUGGCCUCAGAAAUGUCAGCAAAAACAUUCAAAUGAUUUACACGUUCAUCAUAAAACAACUUCCAGCAAUAUUAAUGUAUUCUUCUUUAAAAUGUCCGCUUUUAUUUGAAUUCAGCUGUCAAUAUCUUUUCCAUCACAGUUGCAAAAACGUAUAUCAGAAACUAGUAAGAAAUGAUGCUGUUCUGUUUUCUAUCUGUUCAACUUUUUAUAAUAAACUGUAUUGGCCAAAGAUUUGUGUGUAAUUACUUAGGUCUGUCAGGAUAAUUAAUAUAUCCACUUAUUCUGUAAAUAAUAGAAUAAUCAAUUUUUGGGGUCAAAAUUUAUCAUGGGUACUUUUUGUUAUUUUUCUAUUCUACAAUAAGAUUUGACUCUAUAUACUGUAAGUGUUUCAUUCUGCCAUAUUUUUGCAGCCUACCUUCUUGUCCUUCUUGACCUUGGAAUGUUCCUAAGUAUGGCUUUUAACAUGUCUGUUUCAAUGGAGACAAGCAGGUAACACCAUCAGGCUGAGUUCCAGAUCAGAUCUGUGAAGAUGCAGCCCCACUCCAUGUAAGAAUGUAACUUUUUCAAGGUUAUUGUGAUCAAUAAAAACAUUUACCAUUGGUUAA